AUUUCCCCAGUUAACCCUUUCCUUUAAAAUGUAAUUUUGUCUUCAAAAGUUUUUAUUUUUUCCCCCAAGAUUCUUCCUCCCAUCUAACUGCUUCUUUUGUGAUUUUAGAUGAAUUGAUUUGGUUUCUACAAACAUUUCUCCCGUCCCACCGAAACUUUAUCCGAAUUGUCCUUAUUCUCUGAGAUCUACCCCUUGUCGGGUCAAGCGCUCUUCCCGUCCCCGGCCACCGGCUCCUCUCAUUUUGUGUGACCUGCCUUCUGCUGUUUUGCGGGUGGGGAAACUGAGGCCCGGAGCAGCCGCGGUGCUGCUAGCUCGAGUCCGCUGUCUUUCCUCUCGCCCGCAUCUGCCCCGGCGCCGUGUCAGGAGGCGAACUGAGACCAGCGGAGAGGGGCGGAGUCAGAGCCAGAGGGCGGGAUCCAGGCCGGGAGGGAGGAGGGCUGCUGCCUACUUUCUGUCAGCCGACAGAAUCUGCCGGCUUCCGCGGCGCCUUUAAGGUUUAGGCAGUGCUGCGAGCUUGAGAGCUACCGGGGAGGCCGGCAGAGGCGAGUGCGGCAAUCGGGGCGACCCUCGCAGAGGGACCAAGCCGGCGGGAGCCUCUCCAAGUAAAAUCAAGCUUUAAAAAGACAAGAUGGAUCCUCAUUUGCUGAGCAUGUUUGUCAUAGCUGGAGGGACAUUGGCCAUCCCCAUCCUUGCCUUCAUUGCUUCAUUUCUCCUGUGGCCCUCGGUGCUGAUCAGAAUCUAUUACUGGUACUGGCGUCGGACCCUGGGCUUGAAGGUUCGCUAUGUCAGCUAUGAAGACUACCAGUUCUGCUAUACCUACCGGGGCCGGCCCGGAGCCAAGCCUUCCCUCCUGAUGCUGCACGGCUUCUCUGCCCACAAAGACAUGUGGCUCAGUGUGAUCAAGUUCCUUCCAAAGAACCUUCAUUUGAUCUGUGUCGACAUGCCUGGCCAUGAGGGAACCACCCGCUCCUCCUUGGAUGACUUAUCGAUAGAUGGACAAGUCAAAAGGAUACACCAGUUUGUGGAAAGCAUCAAGCUGAACAGGAAACCUUUCCACCUGGUGGGCACUUCCAUGGGGGGCCACGUUGCAGGAGUGUAUGCCGCCUAUUAUCCAUCGGAUGUCUGCAGUCUGUCAUUGGUGUGUCCUGCCGGCCUCCACAUCACCACUGAGAACGCUUUUGUGCAGAAACUCAAGGUGCUGCAUGAAAUGUCCGCUGUGGAGAAGAUCCCCUUAAUCCCGUCGACCCCAGAAGAAAUGGCCAACAUGCUGAAGCUCUGCUCCUACGUCCGCUUCAAAGUCCCACACCAGCUUCUACAGGGCCUUGUCGAUGUUCGCAUUCCACACAAUGACUUCUACCGAAAGCUGUUUUUGGAAAUCGUAAAUGAAAAGUCAAGAUACUCACUCCAAGAAAACAUGGAGAAGAUCCAAGUUCCAACACAGGUCAUCUGGGGGAAGCAAGAUCAGGUCCUGGAUGUGUCUGGAGCUGACUUGUUGGCCAAGGGAAUCUCCAACUGUCAGGUGGAACUUCUGGAGAACUGUGGCCACUCGGUGGUGAUGGAACGGCCCCGAAAGGCAGCCAAGCUCAUCGUGGAGUUCUUAUCUUCCGUGCACAACGCAGCCAACAACAAGAAGCAGGACUGAGCUUCUUUUGGGAUCCAGCCCUGCCCUAGUAUCUGCUCAAAUUUCAGAAAUCUGAUGCUCUGUUCGCUUCUCAGGGAUCCUGUACCCAACACACAGGUGAAGUGCCAAAGUCCCUGUGGAAACCAGAAUCACGUUCACUUUCUAAAUCAUUAGCACUAUGGCGCUUUGUGAUAAAAGGGACCAUGAGGGACCAGAGAGGAUCUAAUUUUUUUUUUUUUAAUAAAGUGGAAAAUCAGGUGGAAUAAAAGAAAUUGAGCCAUGGAAAAGACAAGAGAAGUCUUUACGUUCAUCCAGCUGACAACACAGGGACAGUUUUGUGCCAGCCGACCCGUAGUGGACCGUAACCUUCAAGUCCAUAUCAAGCCCAAGAGACCUUCCUUACUGACUGAGAUGUCACAAUAUUUGUUAGAAUCUUUCGCCUUGCAUGAUAACCUGUUGUGAUAGAAGAUAUUCUCAAAUUCUGGACACCCAGUGAAGCACUUACUCCUGCUUGUGUCUUAUUUAUUAUAUCCGGAGACUUAGACAGGAGAGCCAUUUAUGAGCGGAAGCGCCAGGACUGUCUCGUUUUAAAUGUUUACAAUGGUGGGAGAGGGGAGAGGUGUGAAGCUCGGGAUCAGCUCUCAGGGCACUUGUCUUGGCAGUGGGCGUGGGUCAACAGCUGAGAACAGAUAUUUGCAGGGUAAUGAAAUCCCGUGGCCAGAUACGUCCCUAGGAAUCACUCAUUUUUAAAGAAUUGGGGCCUAAUCAACAAACUAAGCAAUAAUACUCUAGGUAACGAUGCGAAUGAUCAAAUUAAGGUUCCAUUUUACACAAACAAGUGACUUGUUUCUUUUCUAUUAACCCACGCUGCUGAAAAUCCUUAGGUGUAAAUAAUGCAUUUAUAUUACUGAAUUCUAUGAAUUCUCCACACAGUCAGGUGAUUGAGGAUGAGGGUAACAGCGGCAAGAUUUUCCUGAAAUGAUCAAGUGAAUCAGAACUCGAUCAGGAUUACAUAGGGGAUUCUAUUUUCAAACUCCUCAGUGAGCUCGUGUUUGUUAAAGGGGGGUGGGAGGGAAAUGAGUGUAUUUAUAGAACAGCUGGGUGGCCAGGCUGGGUGAUUUCUAAGUCUCAUUUUGUAUCCUGUUUGUAAUUUGUAGCCGACUGAAAUGGUCUGUCUGGAGUAAAGAAUACGUUGGUCAAAA